AUGUCUGAAACGGGGAGCUACGCGUUUGUCACCGGUGGUGCCAGUGGGAUCGGCCGGGCAUUGACCGUUGCACUCGUGACGGAAGGAGCUCAGGUCUUCAUCGUAGACCGCGAUAUCGAGGGCGCCCGUGCCUUGGCGGCCGAAUUAAACACCACCCGUCAGGCGGUCUGGACUGCCCAGGUCGACGUGACCGACUGGGACCAGCAGGUGGCGGCCUUCGAAGCGGCCGUCAAGCAAUUCGGUCGCAUCGACUAUGUAUACCCAAUUGCCGGCCUGUCCGAGCGGCGGGCGUUUCCGAACAGAGGCAAGAACUCGCAGGGCUUCGAGAAGCCCGACUUGUUGACCCUCGACGUCAACUUGACCGCCGUGCUGUACACCGUCAGUCUGGCGUUGCAGCAAUUUCGGCGGCAGGACCUGAACCGGUUUGGAUUUCGGGGAAAGAUCGGCUGCGUCUCGUCGAUAUGCGGGCUGUACGCGCCCGAAACCUUACCGAUCUACGCGGCGACGAAACAUGGCAUCGUCGGCUUCGUCCGUGGCUUUGGCAAACAUCUGGCCCGGGAGCAAAUCACCCUGAAUGCCGUCUGUCCCUCGGUGGUGCGCACCACCAUGACCUCCACCAGCGGCUUCUCCGAAAAGCUCGACCGUCUCGGGCUGUUGACCCCCAUGUCCAGUGUCAUCGACGCAUACAAGUCCAUGCUGGGAAACAGCCAGGUCAGUGGAGAGUGUUUCGAGGCCGGACCCCAUGGCUACAAGAUCAAGAGCGCCGCUGAGUACUCGGAUGAGGAUAUGAAGAGGACCAUGGCCAUCAUCUCCGAGAAUCGGCAGCCGCUUCAUGAGACGGUGAAGGAUUGA